UCACAGGUACACAGGAUACUGAGGUUGAGUGAGCGACUGAACGAGAGAGAGCAAGAGACGGACAGCAGACACUGGUUGAUCAGAAAUACAACUUUAAAGAAGAGCCCUCACAGCCUGCCUUAUGUGUGGCUCCUCUCAAGGCUUCACAGCCUCCUCCUCUCAGUGCACCACAGCCAUGUUAACCUCAGUAAGGACGCCGCACAGCUCAGGGACCAUCACAGCAGUGAUGCCAGAAACUGGAGAUGGGGACAUGACAUCAUGGAGAGAGGAACACUUUGAGGAAAAGUGCACUUACAUCGUGAAGGACCAGCCUCUUGAAGAGGAGUCCGAAAACAAGCGCAGGACACGAGCUGAGAGAUCCUUACCCAGGAAUCUGGCUCUGAAGCACUCCAACGACUCUGCGGAGGUGCUUGGGGUGAUCAGUAAGGAGCUGAUUCCAAAGGGGACACGCUUUGGCCCUCUGGUUGGGGAGAGCUACACCAAUGAAACUCUGCUGAAAGAUGCUAACAGGAAGUACUUCUGGAGGGUCUUCUCUGAGGGGCACUUACACCACAUCAUGGAUGGUUUGAACGAAGAGCGGAGCAACUGGAUGCGUUACGUAAACCCAGCCUGUACUGUAGAGGAGCAGAACCUGGUUGCCUGCCAGAAUGGUUUGGAAAUCUUCUUCUACACUAUCAAACCUCUUCAGCCGGGUCAGGAGCUUCUGGUGUGGUACUGCCCUGAAUUUGCCCAACGCUGUAACUAUCCUCCACUGGGGCAGCUGGCCAUCGACAAUAUUGACCAGACUCCAGCUCAGGAAAAGACAUUGGGUAAACGAGGACACAGCGUCUCUGAAAUCCUCAAAGACGAACCCUCCAAACCUCUGAAUCUCUUCCCCUUGUGUCCUCGUGUCGUCUACGCAAUCCAGCCUCACUCAGAAUCUAUCCUUGGCCAUGGAUAUGUCACUCUACCGUCUCUGCAAUCAUGUAGUCCUCCAGCUGCCAAAAGGCCAGCUCUAAGUAGUCCUGUCCCCUCCGGUUUGCACUUCAACUUUCAGCACAGUCAGGGAUCAGUUCCUGUCAAACCGUACCAAGAGCCCUCUGUUCCUGCUCUGAGGCAUUCUCCCUACCUACCGCCGCACUACUCACUUGGCCUUCUACCUCACUCAUACCCUCUUCACAGUGAGCGACUGAAACCUCACUUGAUGUCGUCUGCUCUUCUGCCUUUUAACGAGUAUGCCCACUUCCUCCAUCCUCUGGCCAGCAGAUACAAAGAUUUGACACUUGCACUAUCCAACACCAAACAAGACCUAAUUUUUCCGCCAACCAGGGAUCACAAAGACAACAAAGACCUCAUAUCUGAAAGAAAAAGCUACCUCAGGGUCCCCUCAGAUGACCACAGAGAAUUCAAACAGGCAGACUUUGCUAUAUCCGCCAUAUCGAGUGCCUCAUCCAUGGUCACCUUGCAGAGUCAAAGAGCACUGCCCUCUCUUGCACCUGGGGGACGUUCACCACCAGUGGGCAUGGCUGCUGUUUUUUCAGACCACCUCCCUUCCAAGCCCACCCCUGCCACUCAGAGCAAUACAGAGCACGCAGUGGACCUCAGGAAGACCAAACCAGGUGGGCAGAUAAUUGGCUACAAGACCCUGUCUUACCCCCUCACCAGGCAGAAUGGAAAGAUCCGGUAUGAGUGCAACAUCUGUGGAAAGGUCUUCGGACAGCUGUCAAAUCUCAAGGUUCAUCUACGAGUGCACAGCGGAGAGCGCCCCUUCCGUUGUCAGACAUGCAGUAAGAACUUUACACAGCUGGCUCACCUGCAGAAACACUACCUGGUUCACACAGGAGAGAAGCCUCAUGAGUGCAAGGUGUGCCAUAAGCGAUUCAGUAGCACUAGUAACUUGAAGACUCACCAGAGGCUACACUCUGGUGAAAGGCCUUAUCAAUGCAAACUCUGCCCAGCCCGCUUUACACAGUUUGUCCACCUCAAGCUCCACAAACGCCUCCACACUGGAGAACGACCUCACAGAUGUCCCUGCUGCCCCUGCGCCUAUCUCCACCGCUGCAGCCUCCAGGUGCACCUGCAAGGCUUUUGCCCUCUUUCCCCCUUGGCCUCCCAGAGGCACUCACCAGAGGAGCUACACAGAGUCAACUGUGAGAUCGAGAGGUUUGACAUAAGCGAAACAGCAGAGCAACUGGAGGCCAUGGCUGCUGAAGCUGAGUUGGACAAAGGGAAUAUUAUUGAAUUAAUAAAGACAAUGGAGACUCAUGCAUCCAGCAACGGGAAGGGCGCUACAGAGGAGGUAGAGCUGAGCAUGUACAAGUCAGCAAAGGCUGUACAGCUGCUGAAUCACCAAAGCUCUCUACCUCUGCAUGCAACUAACAUCAAGCUGGAGUCAGGCUGCAUAUCAGAGCCCUAAGACAGCCUCUAAUCCAAGCAUAUAAUCCUUACAGGUCAACUCAGCAGCUGUCUCUUACUGCCCUAUUUGAAGACCCUAAUCUUAAUCAUGGAUUGACUGGCCGAUACUCUAGAGACUUAAGCGUGUGAAGAAUCAAGACUUUACCAGCAUGGCCUGGGAAUAGUAACUUGAGUGGUUAACUGUACACAUUUUUGUUAACUUAUUAUUUUGCUAAUAUUAAACUAAACCUAUUAAGAGAGA